AACAAGAAAAAUAAUUAUUAAAAAAAAAAGAAGAGAGAGAGAGAGUUCGGUAUUUACAAGAAAAGUGGCAAAUUACAACCUGUACACUACACCAUAUGGUUAUAACUGAUAAAUUUCCCUACCUCCCAUAACAAGAAUACACUAUGAAUAAAAUGUACCAGAAAUUGCAACCGCUUGGAUGUAACCAAAGCUGGCCAUCCUAAUUUUUCCAAAAGCAGUUACCCUAAAUGCCAUUGUUGUUGGUAUAUAUAAUGUGCAGGUUAGACUCGUUUACUCAAUCAUCUAAAAACACAACCUUCUUUCCCCUUCCCCCUAACCUCUUGUUCCUUAAUUGUCUCUCCUCUUGUACCUCCUCCUGUAAAGAAAAGAGAAGAGACAAUGGAGCUCAUCAACAGCCGGGUCUUCCUCCUCGUCCUCCUCGUCCUCCUCAUAUCCAUCUCUUCCGGUCAAGUCUCAUCACGCCCAACCCCACAGGCGGAUGCGGCUGUUGAAAAUAUCUGUGCCAAGACUACUAACUCUGCUCUUUGCUCCAGCACCGUCCUUCCUAACCUACGCGGCAAUGCCGACCCUACCACCGUCCUUCAAAUAGAGAUGAAGGCAUGCUUGGACCUCACCAAAGGGGCCCUCGGCCAGCUGAAGAAGACGGCCAGCAAUCCCUCCACAUCGCCGGCAGAUGUGUCGUCGAUCAAAGUAUGCCAAGAAGUCUACGAAUCUGCCGUAGACGACAUCAACGGUGCCAGUGAGGCCAUUGCCGCGCGCGACGUCGGCACUUUACAAACCAGGCUUAGCGCAGUGAUUACCUAUUUUGGUACUUGUGAUGAUGCUGUCGCCGAGUCUCCCGGCUUCAAGCUGCCUUUGAAGGAGGACGAUGUUGUUACAUUGAAUAAGCUGGCAAGCAACUGCAUGGCCAUCUCCACAUUGCUCAAGUAGACUAGCAAUAAACUGCUCCCUUACUUAACUCUGUUUCACAAACUGCACUGCACCACUUCUGAUCAGAGAUGGAAGAUGCUGUUGACAAUAUUAUUAAAUAAUUUAAUACAAAUUUGAAUAUUCGUUUCAGAGUUUAA